AGAACUGGUGUGAUUGGAGGGAAACACCGCGGACGGUAUUCAGACAGAGGGGCCGAGAGAAUCAGCUGUAGCUUGGUACUUCUACAUCACUGCAGGCUGCAUCCAGGUAUGAAAGGUUUUAUAGCGUUUACCUUUACACGUAUGCUUUUGGAAACGGUAUUGUUUAGCCUGCCAUUCCACUGUACAUAAUAAUGGAAUCGCUUUGUCUACAGCGGUCCAUUGUAAGUAACAGAGACAAUCAUCGUAUCACAGAACAAUGGUUAGCUUAGCGACAGUCCGGGAUAUGUCUAAUGUCUGGAUUCAAUAUGGAACUUCAAUGUGGAACAUGACACGGGAAGGCGUGUCAUGUUUGAGGAUAAAGCUAUUGUAAGCAUGUGGCUCAAAACGCUAUGCAUUUUGCAUUUAAUGAUAGUAACUCUGGUUUCAUUAAUAUCAAAGAACCAACAGUUUUUAAAUUAUUAUUCAGGUACAAUCUUAGUUAAGGUUUAACGCGUCCUAGUGUUGGUCCGACACACGUUCGUAGUGAAAAACUACACCGUCAGUAGAAUAAAAAGAGAAAACCUGCCGACAUUUUUUGUCCGUCUUGGUAGAAUUUGCUUCUUAGCUAGUGUUCCGUGGUGAAUACCGGAAAUAACUAGGCGAGGCAAGUGUGAUUCAUGAUCCAUCCACUGCCACACGGGCAGCUCACCAAUAUGCACACCUUUCAAGAGUUCCCUCGCACUAUUAACAUCAAUCAACCAUCAAGUUCGAAAAACAAGUUUUGGAAUGCGUGUCAGCAAUUUUGGAGAGUCCAAGUUGCUUGAAAAUAAAUAUUUUUUGUAGUCUUUCAGACAAGUUGUUAAAGGCGUCUGGCUAGAAGUGCUUUUGUUUCAGGAAGUACUCUGCGCCAUACUGGAAAGUGGUCACGAGGCUCGUUAUUGUAGCCGUUGCUUUCUUUCCAUCGAUCGGCGUUAUUCAUGUACACGGUUUGAACAAAAUAAGAUAGGAAUUUAAAUAAACCUCGCUCUAAGACGCGAAUCUUACUAAAGACUCUACUUUAACGCCAGUCUGUUGGUUUGGCUCUGUGGGUGAGCCACAGGUACUGGGAUGGGUGUGGUGUGUGUGCGCGCGCGCUUGUGUGUGUGAGUGUGUGCGCGCGAAGGAGUGGUGAGGCGGCGUUUGCCCUGGAGUGUAGGCAGCAUUACGGGUUUUUUUUUUUCACUUUAUUUGUACCUUUACACUUUCUUUGUGAAGAUUGUGGACUAAAAGUUUCUUCCAUAUACCAGUGACCAAAGAAAACACAAUGAACUAAUCUUUCAAUGCAUCCAUUCGAUUUAAACGUGAACACACCCAAUUUAGCAUUGGGCCAUGUUGCAUCAUGUCAAGUGGUGGCUUUCUGGUCUUCUACUGCUGAAACUAGAGUUGUUCCUUAAAAGUGGACAGAUUCCCAUGAUUUUUAGGUAUAGAUUAAAGGAAAUAGUAAAACGUCAGGGAAUGUGGUGUGCUUGAGGCACUGCUUCAUUGAAAACCAAUUCAUUACAUGCAGUACAAGCUUUCCAUUUUCAUAUAAAAUGUAAAUGUACAUUUACAUUAACAUUUACAUUAACAUACUAUCUACAACUAUAGACAUGCAUUACAUUAAAGGCAUGGUUGACAAUUUGGAGAGAUUGGAAAUUAUUAUGAACCUCAUGGUGCCAUAGUGUGAUCUCCACAAAGUGAAGAGAAAAAAGAAUGGGAAAGCUCUGUUCACCCUAGCAGGUGCAGGGCUGCAAAAUCAUUGACCAAUGGGAGCCAUCCAUCCUGCACAUUUCCUAUUGGUCAAUCUCCUGCUCUGCCUCUCCAUCCAAUCACCUCGCUGUAUUGGACACACCCUUCUCCCAUAGUACCGACUCAUCCCCUCCCCCUCUCCCGACCGAGAAUUUUUUUUUAGUAGGAUGGUAGGGGAAGGUCCCGCCCUCCUUCACCACUGAUUGGCUAGAAGUGCUGGGCUCCGAUUGGUUAUUCCUUAUGGCUGUGAAACGUCAUCGUCUGUCAGGUAAGGGUUGGGAUUAGGAUGAGGGUUAGGGUCAGGAGAUUCAGAAGUGCGAUAGUGUUCUGUAAAGUUCUGUUCAAUGUACAGAGCCGACAGCCCACGUUUGGCUUAAGCAUGUGAUGACGUUUCCAGCUUUUCUAGCCAAUCAGAGGCGAGGGAGGUGGGACUUUCCCCUACCGUCCUUCAAAAAAAUAAAAAUAUUGCCUCCCGGCCCUUCUCAGAGCUUUGAGCGGCUAAAAGUAGCAUAGCAGCUUAGCUACAGGAGCUGUGAUGGGAUAGAGCGCAAAAAAAAACCACUUCUGCUUGCCCCAGCGCCAAAAGUGCUAAGAAAACACAAGCCGACAGAAUAAAGGGCAGAGCCGAAGAGGAAAUGUGACCAAACGAGGAAUCUAACUCGAACAAACAUCGGGUCAUCCUUCAAGCAGUGGAGAAAGCUCUGCCAGAAUUUGGGCCUGAAAAUAGACGCGGAGACAGCAGAUUUUUUGUUUAACAGGUCAUUUUUGCCUUUUAUCGUGGCACAUGUUACAUAAAUAACUCUAAUUAGUCUCUGCAAUGUCAACACAGUAGCUGUCCAGGCAGCUGCAGACAGUGCUUGCGAGCAGAGCUGGUGUUCACUGCCGCUAGUACCUAGCAAUCUAACAUGGUGAAUCCUAUUUGAAAUCUAGCGUAGGAUCUUCUGCCGGCCGGCUUCUUGCUCUGCAAGAGGGAGUGUGUCGUGGGGAGGGCGAUACAGGUUUGGGUGGGGGGGUUGGGAUUUUUUUUUUCACAUCUGCCUCAGCGGCUCAGUUUUUUUCAACUGCUUCUUAGAUUGUCCACCAUGCCUUUAAAACUCACAACCAAAUAAAGGAUGUCAUACUUAACUAUACACGAAAAUGAAGUAUUAAUUUUGUACUUAUUUUGAUACUUGCUAAAGGAGGCAGACUGUGUAUGUAUAUAUUUUAUUAAAAAAAAAAAAAAAGCUUUACCUAUAGAAAGAUUUGAAAACUAGCACACGCAUGCUCUGUGGAAUGGAAAAAAAGGGGAUUGAUCUUGAAAAAACCCUCUGGCUGUUUUGAAUGGGUCAAAUGUAGGUUAGUCAUGUAGCAAUGAGUAUUUGUUGGUGUAUGUGUGUGAAAUCUUAACAGACCGUCUUUAUAUAAUAUAUUCUGCAGGUAUUUCAUACUUGAUCAGUUAUUGCUAAAAAGAGAGCUACAUUAAAAUCAUCAAACUUGUAUGGCUUCGACUCCUUUUGUGUUUGUUUUGAGAAACAAUUAUCCAACUUUUAAAUCUGAUCUGACCUGAUAACUUUGGCUUUAUCCAACAUUGAAGUUCUGAUCCAAACUGACCCUUUAGGCUUUUGGGAUCUGAGGGUACAGAUUACCAAUAUGAUACUAGUGUUACAGUGAUAACAUGUAUUUCUCUCAGUGAAGAUGAGACCAUUUGUGUUCUAAAAAGUAUCAGGCUUUUCCCGCUCUGCUUAAGAAAUGAAUUAAAAAAUGACAUACCUAACAGUGGAAUAUAAAUGGCUACCACUACCUGCCGUGUGGCGAUUAAAGAAACUUGAAACAAUGGCGUCACUUAUACACUUCUACGAUACAGUAGACCAUCACAUUUUAUUAAAUAGACUGCGGAAUGUGGUUGGCCUCUCUGGUACUGUUCUUAAGUGGUUCACGUCCUACCUGACUGAUCGAAAUUUCUUUGUAAGUAUGGAUACAUGUUCCUCAAGGACCCAUAAAAUUGAGUGUGGGGUUCCCCAAGGGUCAAUUCUAGGUCCAACUCUGUUCAACCUCUACAUGUUACCCCUUGGGGAUGUCAUCAGGAGGCACGGCAUCAGCUUCCAUAGCUAUGCUGAUGAUACGCAACUGUACAUCGCCGUGUCUCCUGAUGACACAGGGCCAAUUGAUGCCCUUUUUAACUGCAUUUUAGACAUUAAAUCAUGGAUGGCAGCAAAUUUCCUGCAGCUCAACCAGGACAAAACAGAGGUUUUAGUCAUUGGUCCUGAAGGCCAGAGAAAGAAACUUUUACCAAAGUUACAGGAUUUUAAACCUUCAAAAUCUGUAAAAAAUCUGGGCGUGAUUUUCGACUCUGAGCUCACGUUUAUUCCAAAUAUCAAAAACUUAACAAAGAUAGGUUUCUACCAUCUUAAGAAUAUAGCCAGAGUCCGCCCGUUUCUCUCUCAGGCCAGCACGGAGGUGCUGAUGCAUGCUUUUAUCUCGUGUCGUUUGGAUUAUUGUAAUGCCCUGCUCUCUGGUCUUCCCAAAAAGAACAUGCAAAACCUACAAUUAUUACAAAACUCAGCCGCGCGAGUGCUGACAAGGACCAGAGGGCGGGAGCACAUUACUCCUGUCUUAAAAUCGCUGCAUUGGCUCCCUGUGCGUUUCAGGAUCGAUUUUAAGGUUCUCCUCCUAAUUUUUAAGUGUCUUAAUGGUCUUGGGCCGUUUUAUUUAUCCGAGAUACUUUUACCUUAUCAACCCUCACGGACCCUGAGGUCCUCUGGAGCUGGUCUCUUAAAAAUCCCACAAGUAAAAACUAAGACAUACGGGGCGGCGGCAUUCAGUUAUUAUGGCCCCCGAUUGUGGAACAGCCUCCCAGAGAGCCUCAGGGCUGCAGAGAAUGUUGAUAUUUUUAAAAAGAGGCUAAAGACUCAUCUUUUUAAUCAGGCUUUUAAUUGACUAGUUUAACUCUUUUAAUCCCUUUUAUGCUCACUUUUAUUGUUUUUCUAUUUAACACUUUUUAUUACCGUUCUAUUUUAUUCUUUAAUCUAUCAAUUUUAUUGUCAUUAUUUUUAGUCUGGCGUGUUUUACAGUGCACAGAAUCAUUUUAUUUUACAUUAUUUACUGGGUCUGUCUUAGCGAUUACAGUUUUAUUCCUUCAGUUUUAGUUUCUAUACUUUUAUGUCUUAUUUUAUUCUUUUAGUCCCUCAGUUUUUCCAGUGUUUCCUCCUGGGGGCUGCUUCACCGGGAGCGGGUUCUGGUCUGUUGGUGGGGGCGCCGUUCUGGGGACAGCUCUGGCCCGGGUGGAACCGGAGAGCUCUACACCUUGGUGCGGAGCCUCCUGUCUGCCCGGGCUGGUGGUCCCUGUGACGGCGCCCCCUGCAGCAGCAAUGGGCCAGGAUGCCUCCCGGUCGACGUGGCCCCCAAAGGUAGCGUCUUCCUCACCUCAGAUCUCAGUGCCAGUCAUGUCUCCUCACCAUCAGCUGCUAACUGUGUAGAUGCGUAUGUAUGUGAAGUUGUGUGUGUGGAAUUGUAUGUCUAUGUUCACGGGUGUGUGUACGGGUAUAAUUGUGCGGGUGGGAGGUUUGGGGUUUUCUUGGGGAUUUUAAUGUUUCAUUUUGUUUUUAUGCUUUGUAAGGCACUUUGUGUUACAACUUGUAGGAAAAGUGCCAUAUAAAUAAAAUAAAGUUGAAGUUGAAAGUUCUGCUGCAGCAUAAAACUCUUGGAGAUGAUGCACACUUUGGUCAAUGAAAUGAACCACUGACAAAGCAUUUCAUAGAUGGCAGUCAUAGAUGAGUUUCAGAUGAUCUGAGGAAGAUUAAGAAGGGACAUUACAGCCAAACUGAUAAUCCUGAUUGAUGUGAUGAAUAAUGAGAUCACUGUUAGUGAUGGUAUUAGUGGGUAAACGAAUGCAGAGCAUACAGUAGAAGUAUCAGUGUUUGCUGCUGAUGUAAAUCUGAGAAGUCAUGCAUGGGUUAAGAUUAAAACAGUGGCUAGCGUUCCAAACUAAUGUCGUAUGUGUUCUUUUGCUUUAUUUGCAUACAAUCAGGUGUCUCUAAAAUGCUCAGUUGUGCUAAAUUACUGUUUUGCAUUCUGCUGCACAUCAUCAUGAUUCCUCUGUGUGACGAUGUUUUACCAGUUAUUCAAUGGCAGAGAUAGUUUGCGAAUUUUAGAUACAUGUUAGAUACAUAACCCCCUUAUAUUGUUAUAUUAUGUAAUCUAAUACUGCAAUUAGGCCAGGUUUAGAUUAUUAUUCAUGAAGGUUCACAAACUACUUAGGUUUAUUCACCUAAAUUCUCUUUCAGUUGUGUAACUCUUCUCUGCCCUGCUCUUCUCACUGCACCUGAAGCUGUCGCUGUGCAAAUGUUAAAAUCGUCAAUAUACAAACAGCAGUGUGUCCCAUCUCAUACCCUCUCCCUUAUCUGUUGGAUCAUUUUAGGUUAUUCAUCAGAAGCACGUUUUAUAAAUAAAAGGAGUCAGGUUUUGUUAGCAUAUGUACAGAGGCUGCAGUCCUCGUGCGUAGAGGUUGUGCAGGCUCUCUGCUCUUCACGUUUCCUGUCACUCUUCAGUCGUCCUAUUUAAUAAAAGCAUAAAUGUCCAAAAACUUUGAAAAGGAUAACAGUAGUAGUAGCUAAUUACACAGUACUUUUUAAACAGUGGGGUUAAUAGGUUCAUAUUUUACAUGAGACAUUGCUCCUCAUCAAACAGUGGAUUAACAGAGGGGGAAUUUCAAAGGACUUCUCUUCAGGUUAUCAGACUCAGGGGCGGAGAGUAAGUAGAGAGAGUCUAAAUCACUGUUAACGGUAAGUAAUCCUAAAAUAAGAAGAGAGAGGGCACUCAAAUUUACAAUGGCCAGCUGAAAAUAUGCUCAAGCAGCCCACCCAGGUUUUGUCUGUGUGUGGGCAACACUGCAUUAAUUCACUGAUGUCACCCAACAAUGCAAACAAAACAGCAUGCACUUUGUUCAACCAAAUCUGCUCCUGGUCAAGUCAGGAAACUAGGUUUAAGUGAUCUGUCUUUAAGAUUGACCGAAUGGGUUGGCCUUUUGUCACCAAUACCUGAUCUAGCUUUUUUCAACUGAAUCUGGCUUACAAGCCUUACCAAGAUUGGAAAGGUGCAGCCCCAGUUGUGAUCCACAGGCUGUGGAUUAAAUAAGUACGUUUCUGUGCACCAUUGUUUUGACUAACUUUAAGUUGUCCUCUGUUUUUCUCUUCACCUAGUGAACAACCAUGAGCGCACAGGGUGAGGAACUUGUGACCAACGCCAAACUGGCCGAGCAAGCUGAGCGCUAUGAUGACAUGGCUUCUGCAAUGAAAACCCUGACGCAGAACGGUAGGGAGCUGUCAAACGAGGAGCGUAACCUGCUGUCAGUGGCCUACAAGAAUGUUGUGGGUGCUCGACGCUCUUCAUGGCGUGUGGUGUCCAGCAUUGAGCAGAAGACAGAGAGCAGUGAAAAGAAGCAGGCCAUGGUUAAAGAGUAUCGCCAAAAGAUUGAGACGGAGCUGAAUGACAUCUGUAAGGAUGUGCUGGUAAGAUUGAUAUUCACACUUGUCUCGAUUAAAUGAUUGGAUUUUGUGACUGUGUGAAGUAUCUUUGGCUCUUGUUAAGAUGGAUAGUGACAAUUUUUCUGUCCUACCUGAUUGUAGAGGUGAUACAGUUAACAUGAUUGAAAUGUGUUAAAAAGAUAAAUAAUUUCAUUCACAUGUUCAAACAGUGGUAAAAAAUGUUAAAAAUAUACUAAAGUUCAUGUUUUCUGAUAAAAAGGGCUCUUCUCCUUUAAGACCGCAAAUGUGUGUGAGAUGUUUUGUUGAUCUGGAGCCAGGCAGUCAGUGCUUGGGAGCUAUAGAAGCAAACAGUUUUCUUACCUGCUCCCGCAAGAUUAGUUACACCAAAUGUGUUAGCCUGCCACAUUCUUUGUCAUUUUGUGGUAUAAUUCUUUCGGUCAUGAGAAAUAAAACUGAAGAUUUUUUAUAUUUUUUUCUUCCACACAAAAAGCGUUUCCAGAGUGGAUUUUUGUUAAAUUGUGUAGCUGGGCUAGCUACGGACACUGCCUGUGGAAGUAACUAAUUGUAAUCCGAGUAAGCCAUGGCAAGUUCUCAAGCAUCAUUUCAAACCUCUGCACUGAUGUUAAUCUACAACUAAAGCUACGGUCUUUCAGGUUAAGCACUCUGAAACUUGAUACUUUUUUUUCUCAAGUCCGUUUUUCCCAUGACUUACUUUUGAUAACAAUAUUAUUGUGGAAAAAUACUGACAUACAUAGAAGCUGACUUGUGAAGACUAGAUUUCAGUUGUCUGAUUAGACAGCUGGCUGUUAUUUUUCUCUUCACUCAGACUUGCUCUCUCUGUCUGGUGACUCACCAGGUCCUAAUCCUUUAAUGACAGAAGCAGAGCCACCAGUGAUCUGGCUAGCUGGCCUGCACUUCCACAAAAUACCCAUGGGGCAACCAAAAUAGAGAGAGAUGACAGAAAAGAGGGCAGAAGAGAGGAGUUGGAGGACACGUAUAUGGGUGUUAACACCAUUGGAGUGUCCCAGUUGCUAUAAAAAAUAUCAGCAGUACCCACGAACCUUUUUAAUGCUGACUGUAAAUGCUUCUGUAUCAGGAAAUUUCUAUGUCCUACUGGGAAAUACUGUUGUUUGUUUCCACCAGUAAGUGUUUCUUAUCAGAAUUCUUUAGACAAAUUUGGCCACAAGUACAAGAAUAGGUGUGGUGUGUUUGGGUGUGUGAGAGUAUGACAGGGCAUGUCAGCGUUCGCCCCGCAGGCUAGGCAGUAUUAUGGGUUUUCCAAGAGUUUAUCUGUUUCUUAACAUGUACAAGCAAAAUUAGCUAAGAAGCCCUCUCAAAUCCUUGUGUCUCAAUGUGCAAAAUGAAGUCGUUGAAAAGAGUGUAUUCCUGUUUUGAUAAAAUGCAGAAAGUAUCACUAAAUCAGUUGAAAUGGAAGUUUUUGCAUUUCUCUUCGGGAAAAAAAAAGUCAGUCCUCAGUGCGUUGACCUUGUACACAUCUAAAUCAUUAAAAUGGAACUGAAGGUACUUCUGCUCGAAUAAAAGAAUCAGCUCACUCUACCCUAACCCCGAUAUUUAUGCUUGGCUGAAUGAUAUAUAUUCUAAGGCAUAAUCUCUAAUGUUAUCCGUAGCCAUGGCUUGAAAAUGGAUGGGUGCUGGUACAAAUAUUAAGUGUUCAGCCCACUUAGUUGCCUCUUAUCAGGUAAGGCCCACAACACAGGCACAGCUAGGCUAGAGGCCUGUUUUGGCUGCAGCUCAACCUGCUGGGCCAGGCUGUAAACUCUACUACCCCAUACUCACCCCUGUCAAUGAGGGCAGAGUAGAGGCUGCUAAUUCUGCCCAUUAGAGUUUUCACUUUUCAUUGUCAUCCUCCAAUGUGUGCUGUCAGAUCACUAUCUAUUCUAGAAGAAUCUAACCUCCUUACUCACUUUGAUCCAGCUGAGCUCUCUUUUUCAUUCCUGUCUUGAUGUCACAGACAAUCGGUUUCCUAUAGCAUCACAAUCAUUUAUCAUUUUCCACAUGAAUGAAUCCCUGCUGCCAGUGUGUUGUUGACAAAUAUCAGGAGGGAAUCGUCAUGCUGAUUGCUGAUCAUGAACAUUGAGUUCAGAUUACUUAACUGUCGCGAUUAAAGCAAGUGGCUCAUCAGAAGCAUUACAAGUUAGCAAUGGCUGCCUGUAUGGUCGACUAUCUGUGCCAAUGAUCCACUCAACGUGCCAUUCUAUUUGCGUCACAUAACAUGAACGCAUGUCUAAUUGCAUCUUUGCAUUGACUUUGUAUGAAGUUCACUCAUGUGAAUGAUUUUUUUCAUACUGGGUGUGAAUGCACCAUUGGAUUCGAACCCUGUGUCAGGGCUCAGGUUAGAGCAUGCUAUCCCCUGUGGAGUAACCAUAGACUGUAUAUACUAUGGACAACUUGGUUCCGCCUACCGCCUGUAUACAGAUUUGAAGCCAAAUAGCUCUCGGUAUUUCCGGGAUUUUUCUUCAUUUCCUGAAACCAGCGCUGCGCAGUAGCAAUGCGUGAAUUCGGCUGCGCAGUUGCAGAGAGUCGCUGUGAUGACGCUCGGCUCAAACAGCGUAUCCCCCAAGAGAGCUACACAAUCCCUGAAUGCCCAUAGUUUGUAUCAGGUGUCAAUCAUAGCAAACAUGAAUCCCCUAAUAACUUUUAAAAACGGAGCUUCACAGAAAAAAGAGGACUUGAGCACAAACCAGUCUUACAAUAACUACAUGUCAACAUCACAAGCAGGGGGGAGAAAAAUUUAUGUUCUGUGUAAUAAAUUUCUAAAGUUUGUCCACAGCUCUAUAAGCUUUGCUGGCGGAGGCGGGAUUUAUGACCUAUACUGCAGCCCAUCAACAGAGGGUGCUGUUCUCAGAGUGGCUUCACCCAGCAAGGAGGCAGACUCUGUCCAUUCUAUAUACAGUCUAUGGGAGUAACAAGUGUUCCACACAGAUCUACGUGCAUCUUGUUAUAUUUAACACCCUCAACACUGGCAUGAUUUGUGCUUGGGUAUAAAUUGGUCUCCUUAACAUUUCUCUCCCUCUCAAAUAAAUUUGACAUUUGCCCCCUUUUCGUGAUUACAUCUUAAGCUCACCUAUUGUCUUCACAAUGAUUACAUCUCAGAUUCUCAGUAUCAUUUGUAAUCCAGAAGGAGUUUCGUGUGAUAUUUUUCUGUGAAGGAAAUGUUCAGUGGUCUUACUUUUCUCUCUUUUUUUUUUUAUUGUUAUGUUCAUGUGUUUGAGCCAUUUCAGUCCAGUAUUGUGCAUUCAGGCUUUCAUGAUACAGAAGUGCUCUGACUUUGCACAUCAGUCAGUCUUAAGAACAUACACUUGAGUACUUGGACAUCUUAACAUCUUUUAGCCGAGCAGUCCCAAGAACAUCUUGCUUUAGAGUUUUUUUUUUUGUGUUAUUUUUCUUUUUUUUUUUUUGCUUUUAUUCUUAUUAUGAUCUUUAAAAAUGUGCAUUACCUUUUACUGCCUUAAUGGUUACUAGUAUACUUAACUAGUUGUAAGAUUUCACUCUACUUUCAAAAACUUGUUCGAAUCAAUUCAUCAAUCAAUCUUAAUUUAUAUAGCUCUAAUUCACAACAAAUGUUAUCCCAAGUUGUUAAACAAAAGAACUGGGUUAAACCAGACUCUGUUUACAAUGAAAAGAAUCAGUGAAAAGACGGGACCAGACUGAGCCCCGUCUUCAACCACAUGAGUGAAACACUUUACAGCAUUUAUCAAGCUACAGUGGAGACGACAACUUCCUUUAACGGACAGAAACCUCGGACAGAACCAGACUGAUGUUAGACAGUCACCUACUGAGACUGAACUGGGUUUAGAGAGAGAUAGAGAAAGAGAGAGAUGGACAGAGACAAACAAAGGUAUAAAUCAGUCAAUAGAUUUCUAGGUCAUCUAACUAUAAGUGAUGAGAGAGCUACACAUUACAGUUGAUGUAUUGUACUUUAUAACUUUGGAAAAAAAAGUCAGUGCUCAUACUUUGCUGCUUCUGUUGUAUUUUUUAUCCUUCUUCAGGAACUCUUGGAUUCAUUUCUCAUCCCUAAAGCCUCCACACCUGAGAGUCAAGUGUUUUAUCAGAAAAUGAAGGGAGAUUACUACCGUUAUUUGGCUGAGGUUGCUUCAGCAGAGGACAAAAAGGAUCGUAAGUUGACGUUAAGCUUUUCUUUUUCUCUGUUGUCUGUUGUCUGUUUGUGCGGCCAGAGUCGCGUGUGUGUGUGUGUGUGAGUAUGGAUGGGAAUCCAGAAACCAGGUCUUGUUGAGAACUGGUUCCAAAUGGUUCAAUCCAUCAACAUCAUUUACAUUUCACCUUAACGGUUCCUUUCUUCAAGGUGCCUUGAAAAACGGUCUCACAAGUGCCAGUCUACACGAAUGGGAACAUAGACAGAGAUAAAAAUAUGGCAGACAGUACGAAAAGUAAGCAGAAACGAGCUAAAGCGUGGCUUAUUUUUACUAAGAAAGACGACAACAAGCAGUGAUAACAUGCAAUGGUGGAAACACCAGCAACAUGCUUAAACGGGGCACAUCAUCAAAUGCAAGGAGUCACAUCUAUUGGAUGCUCUCUGCUGGUUGUCAGCCGCUGCUGCUCUGUCUCAGCACGGCAUGGAAGGUACAUAUAAUAGGGUGACCAUAUGUCCUCAUUUACCUGGACAUGUCCUCUGUUGGGGGGCUGUCCGGGGGAAGUUAAUAAAAUCCUUCAAAUGUUCAGAACGUGUAUUUGUUUUAGCAAAAGAUAAAUUAGACAAUGAAGAAGUUACUUAAUGUUUAUGCUCCCCCAGGGAGCAAAAAAUAAAUUUUCAAGAAACCAUUCGAAUUGAUAGCUUUGGAAACACAAGGAAUUCUAAUAUGUGGUGGUGAUCGACAACGGUGGUCCAACUCCAACCAAAAUUAGAUACAUCUGAUCAGCACCAAAAGAAAAGUCCAAAUGCCAUUUUAGUCCAGCAGAUGCUUGCAGAGCUGGGUCUGAUUGAUGUGUGGAGAGUCUCAUCCAGGAGAGAAACAAUUCACCUAUUAUUCCCCAUGUCGUUCCGUCUAUUCUCGAAUUGACUAUUUAUGUAUAAAUCAGAUUGGUACAGAGUCAGGGACUGUAAAAUAGGGAUUAGGGAUAUAUUUGAUCAUUCAGGGGUAUACUUAACCCUGCACCUGACUAAGCAAUGGAAAAAUCCACUUUGGAGAAUUAAUACGGGCAUUUUAAAUGUCAAAACAGUGCAGAAACAGAUUCAACAGGAAUUUGAAACAUAUUUACAAAAUAAUGAUAAUGGAGAGGUGUCUCCAAAUACUUUAUGGGAUGCAGCAAAGGUAGUUGUUCGAGGCAAAAUUAUUGCCCUCACAGCCUUCCGUAAAAAGGAAAGACAGAGAAGACUUCUUGAACUACAAGAAGAAAUGAAGUCAUUAGAAACUAGACACAUGGAACAAAAAGAUCCUCAGAUAUUAACUAAAAUAAAUAAAAUAAAACAGGAUGUAAAUGGUAUAUAUGAUGAAGAAAUUGAAAAGCAACUUAAAUCUACCAGGCAAAAGUAAUAUGAGACGGGGCACAGGGCAAUGAAACUACUGUCUUGGAGGAUUUGAAAACAACAUGGGAAAAAUUUGAUCUAGAAGAUUAGAAAUCCAAGACACAAAAGGUUUGCAGUGAAUCAGAGGACAUUUAACAUGCCUUUGAACUAUAUUAUAAAGAACUAUAUACCCAACCGGCCAUGUCAGAUACCACAACAAUAGAGACCUUUCUAAAUUCACUAGAUUUACCAUCUAUAGGAGAACAACAAAAUAAAGAAAUUAUGGCUGAGAUAACAGAAGAAGAACUGAGCAAAGCCAUUUCAAGAUUGAAGGCUAAUAUGGCUCCAGGUUCAGACGGUUAUCCGUCUGAAUGGUAUAAAGCAUUUAAACCACAGAUAACACCGGUCCUGCUUAACUGUUUUAACCAUACACUGAGAACAGGAGUAGCCCCCCAAUCAUGAAAGGAAGCAGUUAUUUCUAUCAUCCCGAAAGAAGGAAAAGAUAAAAAGGAAUGUAGCUCAUACAGACCAAUAUCACUCUUGAAUGUAGACUAUAACCUAUUUGCUUCAAUUGGACUUGAGAAGCAGGACUUCCCUAGAUACCUGCAAGUCAGAGACUAUUAUAAUAAAAAAUUACAAUUCAAGGAGAAGAAGGAAUACAAUUUAACCUCCAUAUUUCAUAAGGCAUAUAAAAAGAAAGAAAAUAUAAAGUUGGUCUCAAGAAUAUACGAAAGUAUACAAGCCUCUAAAAAUCAUUCUACUUUAUCCAAUAAACAAAAAUGGAAGAGGGAGUCAGAAAUAGAAAUAUCAGAAGAGACCUGGGUAGAAAUAUGUGAGAAACAAGCAACCACUGCAAAUUCAAGAUCUGUAAGAGAGUUCGGCUGGAAGAAUGUGGUGAGAUUUUUCAUAACCCCUAAAUUUAUAGCACUGCUAACAGACGCACAGAGCUGAGGCUACUGCUGCAGACAAUGUGGAACCCCUAUGGCUAAUCCUUUUCAUAUUUUUUUGGGCCUGUCCGAAAAUUUUUGGAGGGAGGUGUCAACCGAGAUAAAUAAUAUUAUAGGGGAGGAUUUAGAUUUUUCUUUUGUUGUUUUAUAUCUCGGUAAAAUCCUGGAUACAGUCCUACAUAAGGACAGGUACCUGUUGAAGAUUCUUUUGGCAAGUGGUAGGAAAACCAUAACAAGAAGGUAGUUGCAACCAGAUUCUCCAACAUUGAACCAGUGGCACGGGAUUGUCGAAGAAAUUCACUGUAUGGAGAGACUUAGUUUUGUUUUAAGACUCCAGUAGGAGAAAUGUGUGGAACGCUGGGAAAAAUGGACUGGGUAUGAAUCAUGUGACAUUUGGCUAUGAUUUGUGUGUGUGUGUGUGUGUGUGUGUGUGUAUGUGUGUGUGUAUAUACGUAUAUGUGUAUUCAUGUAUAAAAAAAUAUUUCCAUUUCAACUGUAUUACCCAUGAUAUUCGACAGCAGAAUCAAUAAUGGCCUUAAUAGCCAUAAAAUCUUAUCAGUUCCCACCCCUAUGUGUGAGGCUGUAUGUGUGUGUUUUCAUGUGAUUACAAUGUAUUGCGUAUGUGCAUCAGUGUUUUCUAAGCAGGCAGGCUGGCCCUUUAAGAACAAACAUCUGCAACUUUUGACAUUUGUGAAGUUUGCUUCUUAGUGCUGACCUCAACAAUGUAGCUAAAUGUACUGCUGGUUAUAAUCAAGGUCAGCGUUAAUUAAUUAACACAAAUGCCGAACGUAAAGUGAGCAGGGGUGUUGCCAGACACACUCCUGGUCACCCUUGGCCAACUGAUUUCUAGCCCUGUAGCCACUCCCUUAAUUACAGUGGCUGUUAGCUUUGUCUAAAGUACAAGAGAACCCACGGCAGGAGAAGGGCGUGACGGACAUCUUAUUGUUAAUGGAACAAAAACUACAACACACUACCCCACCCCACCCUCGGCAACCCCCCACCACAAACACACACACACACACACAGUCGUAAAAAUGUUUCUCUUGGGUCCGACUCAUGAUAUCCCUCCAAGAGAUGAGAAAUGUAGAACUGCUUCAGAGGUGUUAGUCACAGGAACCAGGCAUGAAGUAGAUGUUAGUGUCUGCACCUGAAAAAGAGCAUUUUUAAAAAUAUCUGUUUGGAUGAUCUCAGACAGUAAAUCUUAAGGAUGGACAUUUUUUUAUUUUAAAUGACACAAUAUGGCACAUGUUGGGGUCAAACUUUUUCCCCUUUCUCCUUGCAGAUUUAUUCUCAUGCAUUUCAGUGACUGCCCCCUUGUGGCUGUUCAGAUGCUGAAAAUAAAUCAUAUGUUGAGUAUUGUAUCGUUGGUUUUGUCACAUAAGCUACAAAGCCACAGAACUACUUCAAAGGAAUGAAUGACUUAUUUUCAUAGAGCUUUUCUUGGUAUUUACGGACAACUUGUACAUUGUACUGUAAACAAAAGUAUUGAAAGUCUUCUGUUAAUGGAAGUUUUGUAUUUUAUUGCUCUUCGUCUUAUCUGAGACAGGUUAGAUGUUUAAACAAUUUCAUUACAUUAGCUUUUGGAAAGUCCUUAUGACAGGGGAGAUUUUUCACCUUUCUUACAUGUCUGAGGGAUGUUUCUAUUUUACUUCACUUUAGUAGCGUAGAUGAGUAAAAUGACAUUCCACGAAUCAGCACCACAUCAUAAACGGUUACUUCAUCAAAGACUAAAGUAACAGGAUUCAUGGUAUAUGACUGUGUUUGCAAUAGUCCUGGCUACAUGUGUUUUAAUGCUUUUUAAAAUUGUAGAAAAAAUUCCAUAACAUCUUUUUACUUUUUCUAGUAACUUUUCUGCUGUACAGCUUAAGCUGCACACUUCUCAUGCCUUUAUUUUUUUUCUUCCUUUCUCAGCCAUCGAAAGUUCAAAGAACGCCUAUGAGAAGGCCUUUGAAACCAGCAAAGCGGAAAUGUCGCCUACACACCCCAUCCGCCUUGGUCUUGCUCUGAAUUUUUCAGUUUUCUUCUACGAGAUUCUCAACUCUCCUGAUGAGGCGUGCAAACUUGCUAAAACAGUAAGCUAACAAGUGCCACAGUUUUAUCAUUUACAAAGUUGUUGCUCAUUUCAAUGAAAAAUGUGUACUGUUUACAAAGAGAUAAAACUUGCAUUGAAGUAUGUGUACACAUUGUUCAUAUGUUGAUCAACUUUUGUAUCACAAGGUUUUACUCAGUUCACAAUGUUUUUGGACCUUACAGGCUUUUGAUGAUGCCAUCGCAGAGCUGGACACUCUGAGUGAAGAUUCGUACAAGGACAGUACACUAAUCAUGCAGCUGCUAAGAGACAACUUGACAGUAAGUUUGCAUGAAAUUUCUUAAACUAAGCAACUCAAAUGUCGUUAGAUUGUUGGAGAUUAUGAGGAAAAAGGACCAUCUGUUUUUUAAUAUUGCAAUUUAUUACUGGUGAUUGGAUUUAUUGACUCUUGAUUACUGUAAUAACAAUUGACGCAUGACCCUGAACUUUUGACAAGCUUAAACAUGAGCUUAAAGUAGGUCUCCUGAUAGGGCAACAGUGUACCAUUAGGAAGUGUUAUUUUUCUGGUUGCUGCGACGUGUGCCGUUCUCUUGGAUUUCUAAUUGGUGGAUGUCACUCUUACUUUAAUACAGGCCACUCUCUUUGACCCUCCUGUUCUCCUCCCUCCUCUGUUGCUUCUCUUAACCAUGAAAAAUCCUCCUUUUCUUUUCUCAGCUGUGGACCUCUGACAACCAGGCCGAGGGAGAGGAAAUAGAGGAACCUAAAGAUUGAGCUAGACCUCAACAGUUAUCCCUGCCUACCUGCCAUCACUCCAGCCCAUCUUUACCUGGAUCAUCAACAAUAAAACCUCCUCAUAAUUCAUCACUGUCAUCCAUUUGUCUUCAUCUUUUUUCUACUGAAGUCUUUCAAUUCUCACCUCACUCCUAUUGGUUUACUACUCCCUCUUUUGGAGGAAGAAAUGGUGGAGGAGAUGGGAAAAGGGGAUUGGGGUGUGAUUGCCUUCUCAGUAGCUGUUGUGGCCUGUAAUUUAAAAGAGGAACGAAAGCAAAGAUAAAGAUGGAGGAGGUAAUGGGAACUGGGCGAUGAAAGGCAAGGUUUUGUUGAAACACAAGGGUUGCAUUCCAUGUACUGUCAGAUGCUCAACUUCUAACUCUUAAUUUUUUGUUUUGUCUUUCGGGUGACCUGCUUUUUUAUUUCUAUGUUUGACUUACGAGGUAUAGAUAACGUUGAAGAACAAAAGAGCACGCAAGCUUGGUAUUGUUGAUGUUUUUAUAAGCACAGCAGUAAAAACAAAUUCUAAUCUUUUUACUGCUCUCUCAAACUAAGAUUUUUAUUUUUUUUGUAUUUUGUUCUUAUUUUCCUUUCUCAGUACUCGCCUGAACUGCAUGUGGGUAGGAGUAGUUUGUGUGGAUGUAAGGGAGGUUGUUGGGCUGGCUAGCUGUGUUCAUGUAUUGGGGAUUUUAAAAGUUAAAAAAAUAAUCAUCCAAGUUUAACUGUUCUUUGGGGAGAUUUGUAAUUUGAUGCAAGAGAAAUAAAAAAAAAAAAUAAUUUAAACUGUA